AUUCAAGCUAUCCAAGGAAAUGCCAUUACUAACAAGAGAGUUUAACUCAGGAAUGUACUCUGUUCAGCUUUACUACGUUGCGAAAGUUAUAUCUUUGAUUCCUGGCUUAAUUAUAGAGCCUGUUCUAUUCACAGGCAUAUUGUUCUGGAUAUCUGGUCUUCUAAAUGGACUAAUACCAUUGGGACAAUGCCUAUGCGUUGUUUUUCUUACAAUACACGUAUCAACGGCUUGUGGCUUGUUUUUUUCCUCUGUAUUUGAAGAGCCAACCAUUGCUAUGGCAUACCUUGUUCCUUUCGACUACCUUUUAAUGAUUACCAUGGGAUCAUUCAUUAAAUUAAGUAGCUUGCCAGUCUAUAUUCAAUGGAUCAAAUACCUUUCCUGGCUACUACAUUCCACAGAAGCACUUACUAUCAUACAAUGGCAUGAUGUUCAAAAUAUUUCGUGUUCUACCAACGAGUCAGAUUAUCCAUGCAUUACAGAUGGCGCUCACGUUUUGCAACAGUAUGACUUCGCCGAAGACGAUAUUUAUAAAAAUAUUUGUAUAAUGAUACUACUGUACCUGAUAUUUAAUAUUCUAGGACUAAUUUUUUUGUUCAGAAAGCUUAAUAAAUAA